GUGCGCAUGCGCGGACCCGGCGCCAUUUUGGUGGCCGGGCGCGGAGGUGAUUCUACAGUGAGGGGGGAACGCGGCGGCUAGGGUGGCAGUGGCGGCGUUCGUGUGCUCGGGUCUGAAUCACUGAGGGAGGAGGCGGUGGAAGAAGAGGUGGCGGCGGUGGCGGUGGUCGUAGCGGUGGCGGAGGAGGCGGGUACGAAUCAGCUGCGGGCGGAGACAUGGCCAACAUCGCGGUGCAGCGAAUCAAGCGGGAGUUCAAGGAGGUGCUGAAGAGCGAGGAGACGAGCAAAAAUCAAAUUAAAGUAGAUCUUGUAGAUGAGAAUUUUACAGAAUUAAGAGGAGAAAUAGCAGGACCUCCAGACACACCAUAUGAAGGUGGACGAUAUCAGCUAGAGAUAAAAAUACCAGAAACAUAUCCAUUUAAUCCUCCUAAGGUCCGGUUUAUCACUAAAAUAUGGCAUCCUAAUAUUAGUUCCGUCACAGGGGCUAUUUGUUUGGAUAUCCUGAAAGAUCAAUGGGCAGCAGCAAUGACUCUCCGCACGGUAUUAUUGUCAUUGCAAGCACUGUUGGCAGCUGCAGAACCAGAUGACCCCCAGGAUGCAGUAGUAGCAAAUCAGUACAAACAAAAUCCUGAAAUGUUCAAGCAGACAGCUCGACUUUGGGCACAUGUGUAUGCUGGAGCACCAGUUUCUAGUCCAGAAUACACCAAAAAAAUAGAAAACCUGUGUGCUAUGGGCUUUGAUAGGAAUGCAGUAAUAGUGGCCUUGUCUUCAAAAUCAUGGGAUGUAGAGACUGCAACAGAACUGCUUCUGAGUAACUGAGGCAUGGGAGCUGCUGCCAGCCAAGCUCACCUCUUCUUGAGGAGCACCAACAUCUGUUAUUUUUAGGAUUCUGCAUAAAUUUCUUUUAAACUGGCAUUCUUGCCUGAUGAUGUUAUCUAGGCACCAUUGGAGACUGCAAAAAAAAAAAAAAAACACCAACCAAAUUCCCUGCUCUGUAAAUAAAGCUAAUUAAACAUCUGUGUAAAUUUAAAAAGGGGAAAU